AUGAAAGCGAACCCAUGGUUGUACCACUACUACGCAGUUCAAUCUAAACUGCACUACGGAUUAGCAUACGAGGCUGCUUCAAGAAUGUACGGACCACCAGCGUCUGAGCUCCCCGUCUACCCACCAGCGAUGCAGUACCCAACACCUCCAGUUUGCAUUAAUGGCGCCCAACCUGUGAUGAUGCCGAACUCGGGCCUUCAACCACAUAUACCCCAUGCACCUCCACAUCUAACACCGAUGCAUUAUGCUUAUGAGAGAGUAGACAAUGGACCUGUAGAUUAUUCUGUGUCGCUGCAAGAGAACAGGUAUCACAAUAUCAGAAUAGAGGAUACGAGAAUUCAACCGAACGCGAAACGGAAAGCUAAAAGUACAGAAGACAAACCUAACACACCAGUUCCGAAUGUAUCUCCUCGCUGUACACCAUCCACAGUCACUUCCGGAGACACCUUAGUAGCAGUCCAAGCUGGUUCAAUAACAAGUAGACGACCGGGUUCUAAGAAUUUUAAUAUAACCGAGACGGACAUGAUAGAUCAAUGGAAUCCUAGUCCCACUUGGUCUGAAUCAGCUCUGCAAAAAGUUCCAGAUGUUUGUCACCAAGAUUUAAGUCCUUACGUAACAACAACACCGCCGACACCUUCUGGGACUCCUUCAGCUUACACUCAUAACUGUAGCCAUACCUUUGUAUUUGACUGGUCACCAGAGCAAUAUGUUCCUCAUACUAAUAAUAGAUGUAAUACAGUAACAACAGAAGGUUCCUACCAGCAGACGUGGAAUAGGAGUCAUCAAAGAUCUUUUGCAACUGAAGGUUCAGUUGACGAAAACUGUAAUCCUAAUAGAUUAAGUAUACCAAUGAGGGUCAGUAAUCCACCGCCGGCGUAUAACGCUAAUAGAGAUGGAGAAAUCCUUAGAAGACAAAUAGAUCGUACGCAUCCAGAAUCACCGGACGCCAAAAAACCUGCAUUAUAA